CCCCCGCUCGAGCGUGGCGGCGGCGGCCUCUCUCCGACAGAGCGAGCGUUGUCAUCAUGGCGACGGGAGAGCAGUGAGUGCGCAGGGUUCAUCCUGCAAGCGUUGACCCUUUCGAUCGUUCGACAUUCCUGUUCUUUCUUGCAAUUAUUUUGGUCUCGAUGCGGGUGUAACCACAAUGGCUGAGGUAACAUCGCCGGUGAUGGAGGUGGGGAAGCGGAUUCCAUGUGCAGCGGGGUUGUUGGGCGAAGGCAGCAGCCCGGGCCCCGUCGCCGCUCUGACAGUAGAACCGCUCUCUCCACAGCCGAAGCCUGGCCCCGGAUGCGGCUCGAGUUCGGCGGUUGCAGGGAGGGGAGUGCGCGUCUUAAAGAGAAACAUGAAACGCAAUGCCAGCAGGAGUUGCUUGGGAAAGAAGAGUAGUCUGGGUGUACGAGAGAAAGAAUGGCUCAAAGGAGAUGUAAGAAGGGGAUGUAUAUAUAUCCAUGGAAAGGAAAUGAUGUCAUCGAAUGCUGCUACUUCCACCUCUUCCCAGGGCGCAUUACUAUCAUCAUUAUCAUGCUCUUCUGCAUCAUCAUCUGGCCCAGACCUGCAGCUGGUACUCUGCAGUACUGAAACCACUACAAUAGAGCUAUGUACACAGGAUAAGGAUGACCUCUACUUGCAACUCCAUGGUGAUCUCAUCAGGAGAAUGAAUCCUGAUGAGCGACCUCUGCAAAUUCUUCACGAUUAUCUAAUUGGAUUGGGUUUCCAGGAUCCAGUGCGGAUACAAGAGGAAGGAGCCAUGGCUGAUCUGAGUUGCAUGAUCAGAUACUUUCAUGGGAAACCAAACAGCAUAGAACAGCUAGAUCGGAUCCUUCUGUCUGGUGUAUUUAGUGUUCGGAAAGGCAAAACUCAGCUGCACAAGUGGUCGGAACGCCAGGUCAUUCUCUGUGGUACCUGCUUAAUUGUAUCCUCGGUGAAGGAGUGCCAGAUGGGAAAAAUGCAUGUUCUUCCUCUUACUGGAGGCAAGGUGGAAGAAGUAAAGAGAAGACAAUACUGCCUUAUGUUCAGCUCUGCUGGGCAACAAGGGCAAACAUACUACGUCAUCUUUGAUUCAUACCCAGAAUACCUGCGGUGGCUCAGACAGGCAUCCAAGGUUGUGUCUCAGCGAAUUGGUACCGUUGAUCUGUCAUGUUACAGCCUUGAAGAACUGCCUGAAUAUCUCUUUUUCAGUCAAGAUAUCACGCAUCUUAAUCUACGGCAUAAUUUUAUGCAGGCGGAUGCCGGACUCUGCAAUCUUAACAGAUUCACUCAGCUGAAAAGCUUGAACCUGUCGAAUAAUAAACUGACAACAUUUCCAGCAUCUUUAUGUGAAAUCUUGACUCUUACUGAAGUCAACCUGUCCUGUAACAGGAUUCAAACCAUCCCAGAGGAGAUUGGGAAUUUGCAGAAUCUUCAGACUUUCAUUCUGGAUGGGAAUUGCCUUCAAGGUUUGCCUUCAGAAUUGGGAAAUGUGCAACAGCUUACCCAUCUUGGCUUGUCCUUCAAUGACUUCGCUGUGAUCCCAGUAGUGUGUAAAAUUUUAACAGCUAUGGAUAAGCUCAGCAUGGCUGGAAACCAUUUACAGACAUUGGAAUUGGAGACACUGGGCCGAAUGACUCACAUUAAACACCUGGACCUCAGGUUGAAUUCAAUUAAGACCAUAGUAAUGGACAGUCUAGAAGCUAUUAAUCAUGUAACUUACCUGGAUUUACGAGACAAUCUGCUGACUGAACUUGACUUAAGCGUAAUUGCAAGUAUUGAGCAUCUGCAUUGUGAGCGCAACAAUCUGACCACCCUCACAUUAAGUGGAUUUUCUUUGAGGACAUUGUAUGCUGGUUCCAACCAAUUAACAACACUGAGCAUCUAUCCACUUCCUGGUCAAUUGAUUCAUCUUGAUCUCUCUAGGAACAGACUGGAAUCUGUGCCUGACUGGGUAUGUGAUGCCAAGAAACUUGAGCUGCUGGAUGUUAGUCAUAAUCUGAUUGCAGAAUUACCUAUGAGAUUACUCUGCAGCUUGAGCCUUCAGAAGCUUUUAGCUGGGCACAACCAUCUUCAGAGUCUUCCCAGUCACCUAGAGCACACACCUCUGGAAAUUUUUGAUGUACAACAUAAUCGACUAAGUGAGCUUCCAGAGUUACUUUUCCUCAAGGCUUUGAACUUGCGAUGUCUCAAUGUAUCUGCAAACAAUCUGGAAUCACUACCUCCUAGCAGUGAUACUGAAGACAGUCUCAGUGUAUUGCAAGAACUUUAUUUAACAGGAAAUAACCUUACUGAUAAGUGCGUUCCAGUGCUGACUGGGCACCCACGUCUUCGUGUCCUUCAUAUGGCUUACAACCAACUUCAGUCAUUUCCAGCCAGUAAGCUGUCAAAGCUGGAGUUACUGGAAGAACUGAAUCUAAGUGGAAACAAGCUGAAAGCUGUUCCUACCACCAUCACGAGUUGCAAAAGAUUGCACACGCUGAUCGUUCACUCUAACAAUAUUGCUGUCUUUCCAGAGAUCCUGCAUUUACCAGAAAUUAAGCUAGUUGACCUGAGCUGUAAUGAACUUACGGAGAUCUUGAUGCCUGAGACCCUGCCAGCCACUUUGCAAGAGCUGGACUUGGCUGGCAACACAAACCUUGUCCUUGAUCACAAGACUUUGGAAAUAUUUAGUCAUAUCACCACCUUGAAAAUUGAUCCGAAACCUACUGUGCAGACUAGCGAUUCAGCUGGAUCUCCAGCAUUCUGGAGUCAUGGCUAUUCGGAAAUGGCAGGACACAGAAAUAAACUCUGCCUUUCAGUUCUUGCCCUAGAUAGCUUUGGAGAUAACCUUGAAGCAUUAUAUGGUGUUUUUGAUGGUGACAAAAAUUUGGAAAUUCCUCGCUUGCUGCAGUGCACAGUGGGAGAUGUGUUGGUAGAAGAAUUGCAGCAAUCCAACGUGGACAGUGUCUACAUGACUCAUACAUUCCUUGUCUCUCACAGAAAACUUGGAAUGGUGGGGCAGAAGCUAGGUUCAUCAGCUGUUUUAUGUCACAUUCACCGUGAUUCCAGUGAUCAUAGUAGCUACUUCAAUCUUACGGUGGCCAAUGUGGGUAAUUGCCAAGUGGUAUUAUGCAGAGAUGGACAGCCGCUGCCACUUUCAAAAGUGUUCAGUCUUGAACAGUGUGUUGAGGAACUGGAAAGAGUGAAACAGCAAAAAGCCAUUAUAACUGAGGACAAUAAAGUAAAUGGUGUUACUUGUUGUACACGUCUAUUGGGCUGCACAUACCUUUUCCCAUGGGUCCUUCCAAGACCCCACGUUCAUACUAUAUCACUUACUGCUCAAGAUGAAUUCCUUAUCUUGGGCAACAAGAUGCUCUGGGAAUAUUUGUCCUACGCUGAGGCAAUUGAAGCUGUUCGGAAUGUUCCUGAUCCUUUAGCUGCAGCUAAAAAACUUUGUACACUUGCCCAGAGCUAUGGUUGCCGUGACAAUGUUGGAGCUGUUGUGGUGUAUUUGAGUGUUGGGGAAGACAACUGUACGUGUGAGGUACAUGGAGUUCCUAUACCUAGUCCAGGUAUAUUUGCCCCUGUUAACAUGAUAGUAAAAGAUAGUGCUCACUGUUCUGUCACGCCAUCAUCAAGUAGUGGCAUAGCAUCUGAAUUUAACAGUGAGAUGUCUGCUUCUGAGGUGAGCAGUGAAGUGGGAUCUACAGCAUCAGAUGAGCAGCCAGCUGCAAGCUUGGAGGGUGGUGUACUUGCUCGAUCUGAACGUCGUUGUAGCCUCCAUCCAAGCUCUUCCACUAGUGUUUUCCAGCGGCAACUUUCCAGCGCGACAUUCUCAAGCAACCAUUCGGAUAAUGGCCUUGAUAGUGAUGAUGAUCAACCUGUUGAAGGAGUAAUCUCUAAUGGCAGCAAACUGGAAGUAGAAGUGGAUAUCCAUUGUUUCCAGUUCAAAGUUCCAGGAGGCUCCACUAUUUCACAAGCCCGCGAUGAGGGAUUGUUUGUUAGCAUGUCUGAGGAUGAUAAUUCAGGAACUUACUUAAAAGUACAGAGACAAAAUGCUAUGAACAAUGGGUCAUUAUCAACAAUAAAUAAGGAAGGAAAUGACUUGAAGAAGUCCUCUUCUGCAUCGAACCUACAAGCGAAGAAAUUUUCGAAUGGCUCUGUGGUCCCUCUUGAAAAAAGUCACAAUAUCAUUGAAGUGGCUACAGAGGCACCAAAGAAAAAAUGUGGAUAUUUUGCAGCGCCAGCACAACCAGACCCAGAAGACCAACUAAUUGUGCCACCAGAUCUGGAAGAGGAGGUAAAAGAGCAAAUGAAACAGCAUCAUGAUCCUGUUUCAGAAGCUGAAUCUGAGAGAGACAAUAGAUUUACCCAUCUGGAGGUCUAUGACACAGCUCUGUAGCAGACUUCCAGUGAUGGAAUGUCUGCUUUGUUACAUUAUCAAAAUGAGGGUUAGGAUAAUACAAUAUUAGAUAUAUCUUGUACAAAAGAUAAUCAUGCCAACUCUAAGCAAUGUUAUUUAAAUUGUAAAUAAGUCAAAAUAGAUUCAAGAUGCUUCAGCAUAUGUCAAACCAGAAUUGACUGUGUGAUAUUGGCAAUGAACUCAAGAUUUUUAAGUUAUCUUACGUUCGUUUUGGGUUUUUGUUUCUAAAUUAAGCCGUGUUAUCCUUGUGACAUGAACGAGUUGUAUUUAAAAUGGUAAAAGCUCUAUGGCAUCUAAUUUUACAUACUACCGCCUGUGUAAAAUGUUUACAAAGCUUUUUCAAUUAAAUGGACUGCGACUAAGUACAUUUUGACAGUUUAAAAAUAAUGGCAGCAUUUCUAAGUAGGUGAAUACAAUUUCAAUGGUUUCAAGUUUAAUUGCACUGACCAAAUUUACCUUGUUUAAAAUCUGACAAUCUAAAAUCUCUUAAUUUUUAAAUCAGUAGUACAAAAAACAAAGUAACUGUUUAAAAAAAAAGCUCCUAGUUUUUUCAGACGUGGUCAGGUUUGCAUGGUUAUUUCUGCUAUAUUUAUAAUAUUUGCUGCUAAGCACUCCAAAUAGUCAGGUGUCUAAUAAAGGCUUGCACCCAGAUUGAACAAUGCAACCUUUCAGACAUCCUUGUUUAAGAAAGAUGAUCUUAGAGUUUCAUAAAAUUACAUUUCCAUUUAAAGCACGGUAAUACUGCACCUUUAAAUUUCAAAAUUGCAAACACAAAGAAAAUUGUGAGUGAAAGUUGCCUUCAGACAGUGUUGUGCUUUAUGAAAACUGCUGCAAGUUUCUGUCCUUCUGUUGCAACAAUUCCCGUUUGAAUUUUGCUUGUGCGCACAAACUUCCUAGAUAAAUGCAUUCCUAAUUGUGGUUGAUGAUAAGAUUUUAGCUGUUUCGUUUUUAAUUUCCAUGUUUAUGAAAACAUGUUUUCUGAAAUUUGUUUUCCAUUGUUGUGUGUCAGGAAAUCUGUAGGUCUACUCAGAGAAUUAGACACAUGUGCUUUGUCUAUUUAUGAAUAUAUUUCAUGAUUUCUGAAACAUUGGUUUGAGAAAGGGAGGAAGCUGAUGAACAUUAAAAUUUCUAAAGGAAUCAUAAGUCAUUUAGAUUUUUGACUGCAUGAACUGUUAUCAAACAAAUGAAUUUAACUGCCACAAUGUGGUUGUCUUACCAAGUGUUCAGCAUUGACCAAAUUAAAACCAGUAUUUAGUUUUGUUGUCUUCUGGCAGGACUGUUCAUGAAGUGGCAGAGCAACAUCAAUUAGUUGGAAUUACUUUAGAUCAUGACUACAAUGAGAUAUUUGGUGCAGGGAAUCUUUUGAGAUUUCUCUGCAUAAUAAGAAUGAAAGAAAAUUGGUCAGAAAAUAAAUCUGAAAUUUGUAGACUGCUAAUGUCUUGCUAGCUAAUCUCUCAGGGAAGUAAGAUGGGCUAGACUGUACAAGAUUAGAUAUUAAAGGGGGCAAGAUGCUUUAUUAAGAUUUUUAUAAUAACAUUGGCCAUAGAUCAGAUUUUUGAGCAUUUACUUACAUUAGUAAAGGAAGAAGUCCCACACCUAAAGAAAAUGUGUCAACACGUUCAAUUUUGUAUCGCCCAAAUAAAGACUAAAAACAAAAUUUUAAAUUUAUCAGUACCACCACCACCACUACCUUACACCACUCCCCCCCACCCCACCACCCCCCAAAUUAGAUUUUCUCGUAGUUAACAAAAUACUGUUGACCUUAAUGAUAGGUGGAAGUGCUGUCUUAUAAGAGAAGGCAGUAUUAUUUAUGUUUAAAUGUUUGGUUUAAAUACUAAUAUCCUUAAUGUAUUAGAAAUAUGACAAAGUGGGCGGUGCUGCAGUGCUGCUUUGCUGAUGAUGGUUUCAUGGCAUCCUGAAUGCAUCCUUGCUGUGUUCUGAUUGCUGCUGUUUAUAGAUAAUAAGUCAUAGAAUAACUAUCAAAUGAUUGGUCAGCCAUUCAUUAUAACAUUUCUGCUCCUGCUCAUCUGUUCAUUCUUACCUUCAUCACAAUCUUUUAAUGCCCUUAUCCCAUUAAAGUCAUUGUGUACUCUAACCCUGGUCAUUCCCCUUGUGCAGCCUGUACCUGUCCUUCCUUAAAUUAAGGGGACUUAUACUUGAAUGUUUUAUAGAGGAUAGCUGGCUCAGCUACAGAUGCAUGUCUGCAGGAUGACAUAUACCUGAAUCUUGAAGGGCAUAGGACAUUUAGGAAGGACUGGCAAAUGAUGAAGAGGUGGCUCUGUAAAUUGUUAAUACCAUAAAUCUCAUGCACCAGGUAGUGGCCCAAUAGAUCAGUACUCAAUACCACCAAUUGCCAGUUUCCAGGCACCAUCCUACAACUCAUCAACUGGAUCACAGUGUCUUCACCUUAAACAGCCAGUUCUUCAUCCAGACACACAGAUCAGCUAUGCGAACCACAUUUGGUCCCAGUAUGCUAACAUUUUCAUGUACAGGUUCGAACAAGACUUCUUUGCUGCACAGACUACUGACCAAUGCUGUGCACCAGAUAUAUUGAUGACAUUUUCUUCCUUUGGACUCAUGGCAAGGAAUCGCUGAAAAAAAUUACAUAGCGAUAUCAACAAGUUUCAUCCCACUGUUGGACUUAACAUGGACUACUGUUAUAGAAUCAGUAUCAUUCUGGACAUUCGCAUCUCUAUCAGGGAUGGACACCUCGAUCCCUCACUCUCCUACAAGCCUAUGGAUAACUUUAUGAUGCUGCCGUUUCUCCAGCUUCCACCCGAAACAUAUUAAAACAGCCAUCCCCUACGGACAAGCCCCAAGCCUAAACAGGAUCUGUUCGGAUAAGGAGAAUGAGAUGGGCACCUGAAGGUGUUGAAGGAUGCCCUCUUAGGAACAGGAUACGCUGCUCCAUUCAUCAAUCACCAGUUCCAAUGUGCCACAGCGAAAAACCAUAAUGCCCUCCUCAGAAGACAGACAUGGGAUACGUCCAAUAGAAUACCCUCUGUCGUCCAGCACUUCCCGGGAGCGGAGAAACUACGCCAUGUUCUUGCAGUCACAUUGUCACUGACUAUGAGCAUCUCGCCAAGAUCUUUCCCACGCCUCCACUUCUCACCUUUAAACAAUUGCCAAACCUUAAACAGACCAUUGUUUGCAGCAAACUACCAAGCCUUCAGGGCAACAUUGAUCACACACUAUACUGUCCCAUCAUUGCAACCUCUGCAAGACAUGUCAGGUCUUCGUGAUGGACACUACCAUCACACAUGGGAACAUCACCCACCACAUGCAUAGCAGAUACUCAUGUGACCUAGCCAACAUUGUCUAUCUCAUAUGCUGCAGACCCGAGGCAUGGUGUAUUGACGAAACCAUGCAGCUGCUAUGACAAUGGAUGAAUGGACACUGCGCAACAACUGCCAAACAGGGAUGUUACCUCCCAGUGGGGGAACAUUUCAGCAGUCAAGGACGUUCGGCCUCAGAUCUUCGGGUAAACGUUGUCCAAGGCAGACUUCGGGAUACACAGCUACACGGAGUCACCAAGCAGAGGUUCAUAGCCAAGUUCAGUACCCAUGAGGAUGGCCUCAACCGGGAUCUUGGGUUCAUGUCGCACUACAGGUGACCCCAUCACACUGUAUGCUAUCACUCACUCACUCAAAAACACACGCAUACAUACAUAUACACGCACACAUACAUAUACACGCACUCACUCUCACAUAGAUCCUCUCUCAUUUUCUCUCUCUCUC